AACUAGAGCUUAUUGUGUCCCUCCCUUAUUCCAUUUCUCCAGUAUUCCUUAUUUCAUUUCAAGCCUUGAUCCUCAGAAGCAUGUGACACUCUUCAAUAUCACAGAUUUAGUAUUAUUAUUAUUUCUCAUUAUAAAGUGUGUGGUAAUCAUAGUUUUCUAUCUACUUCCAAUAACAUCAUAUACAAGUGGGAUGAAUAUGACACUACUAGGAGCUUGAGAUAAGGACGACAAGUGAAGUUUGUGGUGGCAAGUGAAGCUUGAAUUAAUGGUGUUCUCUAUAUUUUGGAAGAAGAUAGUGAACUAAUCAAGAGGCGAUGGAAGGCAAAACUAAUCAAGUUGAGGCAAAGAGCUGCUGCCCAACUAUCUUUUUACAAAAUAUAGAGAAUACCAGUGGAUGGCAAAUCAUUUCUGGGUCUACACGUCCCCCUCGUUAUACUGACGACAUUCUCGAAAACACUGGUGAAGUUUGUGGUGGCAAGUGAAGCUUGAAUGGUAGAACACCUACGACUAUUUAAGUUGGGUAUCUGUAAGUCUAGUUCCAUCACCAUUUCAUCAAUAUAAACUACUUGUAUUCUCUAUAUUUUGUAACUAGAAGAUAGUGAACUAAUCAAGAGACGAUGGAAGGAAAAACUGUUUUUAUGACUGUUCUCUUACUGAGCCUUGUUGUGGGACAAAUUCAAGUUGAGGCAAAGAGCUGCUGCCCAACUACCGAUGCCAGAAAUCUCUAUGAUACCUGCGAUGAAAGGGGAGUCUUAGAAACAGUUUGUGCAUCACUCAGUGGAUGCCAAAUCAUUUCAGGGUCUACAUGUCCCACUGGUUAUGAAAAUGACAUUCUAAAAAACCCUGGUGAUGCUGUCAAGGAAUACUGCAAGUUGGGGUGUGCAUCCUCUGUGUGCGGCGCCAUAACCACUCUCCAAAACUUUGGUAAAGCCAACUCCCCACUCCCCAAGCUCAUUAUUAUUAUUAUUAUUAUUAUUAUUAUUAGAAUACUUGAUGCAGAGAGCAGAACAUGUCAUGGAACAUUUUUCAACAGCUCCAUUCAAAACUCUUGUCUAUGACAAUAGUUGCAUAAUUAGAAUGGAAUCUCUUGUCUAUGACAAAAAAGUAAAAGAUCAAAGCAUAAUAAUAAUAAUAAUAAUAAUAAUAAUAAUAAUAAUAAUAGUGUCUACAAUGACCAUAAACCCCAUUUAAUUAUACAUUCUGUUAAUUACAGAACUGAUUUUAUUAUUAUUAUUAUUUAUUUACACAACUUAACAUUGGAAAACUAACUCUUGUCCAAUGCUUAGCACAAGCAUCCUAUUUCCAAUUUAGAUGUUUAACAACCGCUAACAUGUCUAUAAUUAAGUAUACUAAAAUUAUAAAUUUAGUGUGAAAAGACCCAAAGUUCUAUUAAAUUUUGAUAAGUUUAAAAUUUAGUUACUUUUUGGUCAACACAAUAUAAAAUAGAAAUUAAUUUUUUUUUUAUUCUGGUCAUCUUCUCCGGCCACGAAGAAAAAACAUAUGCUUCCUACAUAUCAAAAUGAUCACCUUGAAGAGUAUGUCGCAAUGACACCACUUUUGAGCCCAACCGACUAUCAGUGUGGCUGGAAAAUAUUUUUAAAAUUAAAGAUAAGAGAGAAUGUAAGAAAUUAAUAAAAAAAAAUUAUAGUGGAGAGAGAGAGGCCCGUACCAUAAAAAAACAAAAAUAAAAUAAAUAAAAAAUUGUACUGUUUGUUUACUUUACCAAAAUACUCUAUUCUUUUUCAUUUCCUUUUACUUUGCAAAGAAGAUAACUUUUCAACUACUCUUAGAAAACGUAACGGAACAGAAGUGUAAUGACCCAACUACUCUAGACUUUGGACCAUUAACGAAAACUAUCCAUAGACACUAAUCCUUAAUAAAACUUACAAGUGAAAUGAUCUAACUUUAUUAAAAACAUGUAAAAAUAAAUGUUAAACUUACUUAAAAUUUAAAGUAGGAUAUGGGAUCCCAUUGUUUUAAAAUCAAAACAUAACAUAAAUGUAAUUAAAAGGGAUUACAUAAUAAAGUGCGGAAAAAUACACAUAAAGCCAUAAGUAAAGAAACUUCAUCCUCGAAUCGAACUGUCGGCCCUUCGAUUCCAUUCCGCCUCAAUACACAUGCCCAAACUACCAAGAACCUUUCCCGCCAUCGAAGCUAUUUUCCUGCACAUAUAAACAUAAAAGGAUUGAGCCUAAUGCCCAGCAAGGAAAAAUCUAACAUAUAACCAUAUACAUAAAAAUUCAUAAUGCAACAUAAAACAUACUAUAACACUUAUGUCACAUACAUACUAUAAUGGCUAUUAUUACUUGGGGUCCCAUAAACUAAACAAGUCAUAUGCCCAUUAGAUUAGUGGGGUCUUGCUAGCUAAGCAAGUCAUAUGCCCAUAAUCUAUUUGGGGCUUGUUAGUUGUACAGGUCAUAUGCCCAAGUAUACAAGCAUCCUUAACAUAGCAUUUUUCAUAACACACAUUCAUAAGAUAACAUAUAAAAUCAUAUAGCACAUAAAUCCUAUCCUAUUUUCCUUACCAAAAUAACUAGUAUAUGAUAACUGAUUUGGGACAUUGGAACACUCCUAAAAACCAUUUAUAAUAAGGUGAGUAUAUUGAAGAAAAGGGGAUGAAAGUGAUGAAGGAACUAUGCUAUCAAAAUAUACUUACCAAAAACCUUAUGCUUAAGAACUUAGAUUUCCUAUCCAAGAAUAAAGAAUAAAGUUAGGGGCUGAGUAGAAAACUAUAAGAACUUGAAGAAAAUAAUACCAAAUGAACUAGAGUUUUGGAAUACCUUGAAUGCUUUAUGACCAAUCUAAACCUUGAACCGAAAUGUAAUAUAAACCUUACUUCCCAAGUGUUUGGUAAGCUUAAAAAUGAUUAAGCUUAUAAUCCCCAACCCAAGUGUUUACACUCUCACAAUAACCUAGCAACUUGCAGCCUUUGAACUUAGCUUGAUGAAUUAAUAAAAAAUGGUUGGAGCUAGGUCCUAUUUAUAGAGUUCUAGGAAUAAAAAUCUUCUUUUUGGCUUUGAAUAAAAAUAAUAAAUUUUAAUUGAAAAUAUUUGAAUAACCUUCAUCCAAAGGCUUAGGAAUUGGUCAAAUUUUUCAGAGAUAUUUAAGGAUUCAAAGCUUGAUUUUUAAAAUAAUAAAAACAAAUAGAAUCCUAACUUCUAACUCCCUAAAUCUCAUAACUCUAAACUCCCCUGCAGUAAAAUUAACAUAUCUGGAGUUUUAGGACUCUGAUUUAGACUCUCUUUAUACCGUUAGAAAACUAAUUAAAUUAUCUAGAACUUUUAAGAAAUACUAUUUUUCGAAAUUCCUAAUAUAACUGGGUCAAAAACAGGUCAGAAGUUACAGUACCCUAAAGUUACGAAAAAUCUAUUUAAUUAUCUAAAUAUCAACCUAAUCCACAUAUAAAUAAAAUUGUGAUAAAUGUCAUGUUCCUAACAGAUUCUGGUGAAGACUAAGUCUUAUAUUUUCCUUAUUUUAUCAUUAAAAUAAUAAUUUCUUAAUAAUCAUGCAUAUGUCAAAAGACAUAAUCCUAUUGGCUCUAUCUAAAUCUUAGGUUAUAAUAAUUAUCAUAUUAAUAACCAGCAAUAUUAAUCAAACCUUAGGUUAAAAUUAAUAUUCUUAAACUAUAGGUUAAACUUAGAAAAUCUACAAGUGCUACUAUGAGUGUCCAAUUAAAUCCCGGUCUGAACCAAAAUCCACAAUCAUAAAAAUACUACUACUAUUACUAUUAUACUACUAUCUAACUAGCUAAGUAAAGUUCUUGGACUCUACAAGAAGCUUGUUUCAUGUACAAUACAUCAAAGAGGAGAAAGAGAAGCUCUUUUCAUCUACAAUAUCAAAGAGGAAAAUCAAUAUAACUAUUUUCAUCAACUAUGGGUAAAUGAAGAUUACGAUAAUGUGAUAUUUUUCUUAACAUAGGUAUUUAUCCUUUCAUUUUUUUUCCUAUUUCUUUUUUUAUGUAUAAACGAGAGAUGCUAUAUGAUAAAUUUUUGUUAUCAGUUGCUAAUAUGAUAAUUUUUAAUCUUAGCAAAUAGGCUUACUGUGAAAGAUAAUUCCUUUUGUGGUGUAAUAUUCUUUUCCUCAAGGUAUGUUAUCGUUAAAUAAUUUUUUUAUA